CCUGACAUGAUUGUGAUCAUCAAGCAACUUUCAACGCCGUGAAAAUCGCCCACCUGAGCUAAAUGACGAUACUUUAAAUGAGUCAGCGGAGAUGUUGGCAGGUGCAUUGCUUCUGGGCACAAUCCUUACAGCUUUACCAGGGGUCCAGAGCAGGUGGAGUGUGUCAUUCUCACGAAGAGAGAUUUGUGUGUGGGCAGGAACCACCGUAACUCUGCCUUGCCGCUAUGACUAUCCAUCAGGUCACACAGUGAAGUGGGUCAUGUGGUUUCGUGUGUCAUCUGAUGGUCGAAGGGAGUUCGUCCAUCACUCUGAUCCAAACCAAGUUAGCCUGUCCUACCGUGGACGCACGCGCUACAUCGGCGGGAGCUACUCCAGCUGUUCGGUCCAAAUUCGAGCUGUCAAGCUGAGUGAUGCGGGCCAGUACCAUUUCAGGUUCGAGACAGACCAGCCGCUAGGAAGAUGGACCUCUCCAGACACCAUCGCUCUGGACGUAACAGACCUCCAGGUCCAGCUGCAUCCAACCAGGUCAGCCAACAUGUUUGGCUUUGGAGAGACUGUGUUUGUCGGCUGCCAGGCCAGUGGAUGUGCUGCUACCGGAAGGAGCCUAGCUUUGUACAGGAAUGGACUAAACCUAGGUUCCUAUGACAAAUGGAUGACUAUUAAACGCUUUGACCUUGUGCACACGGGAAAGUACAUCUGUCGACCAAUCCCACCGCAGAAUGUGCAGUCUCCGCCCCUCUCAUUGGCACUGGGCCAUGCUCCUCGUUCUACCUCCAUAAAGGUUUCUCCUGUAGGGGAAUUUUCAGAGGGAGGGUCCGUCACUCUCACCUGCAGUAGUGAAGCAGCGCCACCUGUAGAGAGCUUUGCAUGGUUCAAAGACAUGGACACUGCCAGCAUCCCGGACAAUUUCCGGCCUCAACUCCACAUUUCUCCCCUCAAAUACACAGACAGAGGAGAAUACUUCUGUGUGGCUCGUAACGCACUUGGAACUGGCCGAUCCAAACCACUUCUUCUCAACGUGACGUACUCUCCAAAAAACACCCGUGUGGUGUUGAUACCGGCUGGCGAAACCCGAGAGGGCUCCAACGUGAAUCUCAGCUGUGUCAGCCAUGCCAACCCUCCUGCCACCAGGCAUGCUUGGUAUUGUAUCCUAGGUGACCAGGUGUUGUCCAAAGGAAGUGUCCAGAACCUGACGUUCCCCGCAGUGCGUGCUCACCACUCGGGUCAGUACUACUGCACGGCAUGGAAUCGAUUAGGACGCCAAAGCUCUCAGACCGCCGCUCUCACUGUGCUGUACCCUCCCAAGAACACUUCAGUGCUGGCUCGUCCGUCCAGUGUGGUGGAUGCCGGCCGACCUUUGACCCUAACCUGCAGCAGCCAGGCCAACCCAGCCGUGGACAACUUCACUUGGCAUCGUUUAACAACCAACGGGGCGUCUGUACAAUCAUGGGGCAGCCGUAGCGGGCCGGUGUUCGCUUUCUCAGAGGUGGGGCCCGGAGAGAGCGGUCAGUACUACUGUGAGGCCAGGAACCGCAUCGGAGUCCACAGCUCUCCUGUCCUCACAGUAAGAGUCAGAGGUCGCCUAAAGGCCAUCGCUUUGGCGUCGGCAGUGGGCGUGUCUGCCGGCCUCAUCACUCUGACAGUGGCCAUUAUGAUUAGUAAAAACAUGCACAGAGUUGACAUGGAAUCAGCGGAUGUAGCCACCAAGCGGCCUUCUGUGACGGCUGACACUGCGUUCCAUGAGACCACUCUGCCUUUGGUCCCGAAGAGAGAAGCCUUAAUGUCGGACAUACCAGAGGAACCUGAAGACUUGAGUGACAGCUCCCACCCUGCUAUUGUUCCUCUUAAGGAUGCUCCUCCAAUCAGAGAAGCUGACAUUCACAGCUUCGCCUCUCAAUAUGUCACCGUGCACUACUCUAAACGAUCAAGAGGAGAGCAGGUGCAGGUCCACAACUUUCCACUGGGGGGCGACCAGAAAGCAAAUGAUUCUACAAAUGUUGUUUACACUCUGCUGCACCCCCACCAUCCUCAUCACUGAGUGUUUCCAGUUGGGAUCAAUAACUUGUAAACACAACCACAUGCUCAUCGUGUUAUAAUAACCACGGUGUGGUCCUGCUGCUAACUUUCUAUAUCACCGAUCCCUACAAACCUACAGUGCAAAAAAGAUAGCUUUCCACCCCUUCCACUGUGCCUCCUGCUGCUUUUUAGAGCUGCACCACGUCAAUGAAAUCAAUAAACAGCAAAAGGCACGACACAACUGGUUGCUUUAACAAUGAUGCUGCUUUUACUCCAAUAGAUGUUGAAUCAUUUUGUUAUGUUUUAGUCACACACCCUUAUAGUCAAUGGUUUAGGACUCAGAUUACAUGCUGUGUGUUUACAUUUGUUUACCAAGGGAAUAAAUACU